UGACACACCGUCUAUUUACUAAUCGGGUUAGAAGAAAAACAUCUUUUCUCAAAUUACACGUUUGCUUUGUGACAUCUGAAAGGAUAAUUUCUAUUUAUGAACACUAUUUUUUCUACAAAUGGUUGCAGUUGAGAGUCAGAGAGAAUGUGAUCCAGGAUAAUGAAUACGUUGAACAAAUGCUGGAGUUAUUUCUGUGGCUGCAGGCAGCUGUUUUUCGGUUUAUGAUUAGAGGUGUUGACUUAGCAGUUCAAAAUGCACCUUAAGCUUCUUUUACCUUUUGACCAGUUGAAGAAAUGGACUCAUCGACUUCUGUGCCAAAGAAGAUGUACACUAACUAAAGCGCUACUUAUAACUACAUUAUUGACAGUCAUAUCGUUUUUUGUCUUGAAUUAUCACCAUGGUGACUGGACAAUGAAGCCAAAAAAACCUCAGUUAUCAUCGCCACCUGCCCCUAUCACUACAUGUAAUUUGCUGAACAAAGCAAAAAUUGAUAGAGGUCCAAAUAAUCAUGAUACUCAGGGAAACCUCAGGAUUGGGCGUAAGGUGCUGAUUAUGGUCGAUUCUCCAUUUUCAAGGAACGCCAAAAAUAUUGCAGCUUCAAUGGAAUAUUCUAGAUAUCCGUAUAAAAUUGUGGACGAUGAGAAGAACUUGCCUACAUUAAUCCAUAUGGGUAAAGGUAGAUUUGGCGUGAUUAUAUUUGAGACUAUGUCAUUGUAUUUAUCGUUAGAUGCAUGGAAUAGGCAGCUUAUUGACAAAUACUGUCGGGAAUAUAAUGUUGGUGUGAUAUUUUUUAUGAAGCCUAAAGGCGAGUUAGAAGUUUUAAUGGAGAAUAUGCAAGAUUUUUCUUUCUCAGUGCAAUAUAAUGUAGCUUUAAAAGACUAUUCUCUUAAUGCGGCUUCCAAAGUGUGGCGAAUUACAAAGCCAGGGGAGGUAAUAAAGGAAACUUUCCCAGAAGAAGACUGGGCAGUAUUUUAUCCAAAUCAUUCAACAUUUGAACCUUUAGCAUUUGCAACACAGACUGUGUCUCUGUAUGAUGAUUAUGAUCCAUCCAGUGUCACGAAAAAUAAAACUGUGUAUCCAGCCAUCCUUGAUACAGGAAAAAACGAUGGAAUUCAACGAGUGUUUUUUGGUCACAAUUUUUCGUUCUGGUUGCACUCUUUGCUGCUGUUGGACAGCAUCUCCUUCCUGUCCCAUGGGAAACUGAGCCUCGGACUUGAACGUCAUAUACAGAUUGACAUUGAUGAUAUAUUUGUAGGGGCAAAGGGAACAAGAAUGAAAGCUCAUGAUGUUGUUGCCUUGUAUGAAGCCCAAGAGAGACUGCAGGAGCAAGUGGAUGGUUUCCGAUUUAUGCUUGGCUUUUCUGGCUGGUAUUAUCAGCAUGGUACAGAGGAAGAAAAUGCUGGAGACGAGAUGUUACUUCAGUACAGAAAUCACUUUCAUUGGUUCCCACACAUGUGGCGACACGAACAACCUCACAAGUUCACAGAAGAUGAGCUUCACAGAAAUAUGUACCUCAACUACCAGUUUGCAAAGGACAAUAAAAUUCCAGUUUUGCAUCAGUAUGCAGUUGCCCCACACCAUUCAGGAGUAUUUCCCGUCCAUGAACCAUUGUAUAAUGCCUGGAAGUCUGUAUGGGAUAUACGGGUAACUAGCACAGAGGAAUACCCAAAACUUCACCCAAGUUGGGGAAGAAGAGGAUUUGUUCACAGUGGAAUAAUGGUAUUACCUAGGCAGACAUGUGGACUUUUUACUCACACAAUAUUUCUCAACUCAUACCCUGGUGGUCCAUCCAGACUGGAGAGAAGUAUUAAUGGGGGAGAACUCUUCAAGGCAUUCCUUUACAAUCCAUUGAACAUUUUUAUGACCCAUUUGUCCAACUAUGGGAAUGAUCGACUGGCAUUGUAUACAUUUGAGAGUGUAAUAAAGUUUGUGCAGUGCUGGACCAACCUUAAACUGGUACAGAAAUCACCUAUGGACCAUGCCAUCAAGUAUUUCGACAUGUUUCCAGAGGAACAAGCUCCAGUCUGGAAGAAUCCAUGUGAUCAUGAUAAACACCUGGAAAUUUGGUCCCCUAACAAAACUUGUGAUAAGUUUCCUAAAUUCCUUGUCAUUGGACCACAGAAGACAGGUACAACAGCUCUGUACACAUUCCUGUCCAUGCAUCCACUCAUCAAAAGCAACUAUAACAGUAAAGAUUCAUUUGAAGAGUUACAGUUCUUCAGUGGAAAUAAUUAUUUCAAUGGCAUAGACUGGUAUUUGGACUUUUUUCCUCGACCAAAUAAUGCCAGUACAGAGAUGUUGUUUGAGAAGAGUGCUGGAUACUUUGAUAACUCUGUUGUACCAAAAAGGGCACAUGCAUUGCUACCAGAUGCACGGCUUAUCUGCAUACUGAUCAGUCCAGCUAAACGAGCAUACUCUUGGUAUCAGCAUAUGCGAGCACAUGGUGAUCCUGUGGCUUUGAAAAAUUCAUUUAUGAAAAAUCAUUGCUUUAACACGCACCUGAAAGAAAGGGCACUCAAAAAAACCGUUUCUGAACCAGGAUUUUUGAUUUCCCACUAA